UUUAUUCUGGUUCGAUGCAAUAGUCAAAAUUAUCUCCCAUCAAAUCUUUCGGUUUCAAUAAUUUGGGCCAGCACCAAUACAAAAUUAUUUGCAUAACCAUAUUUCUAAUAUUGUAAACAAAAUGAGUUGCAGAAGAAUGGGCCCUGCGUCAAACGCCUACAAGUUGCCACCAACUGUAGGCUACAAAGAUCAUUGCCAGACUAAACAACGUCUGCCAAUGUAUUCAUUUGGCGUGCGAUCUACCAUGGCUACUAAAAAUGUAUCACCAGGACCGGGUGGACUCAUGUUUACCAAUAAUCUAACACGUUAUGGACCAGAUGGAACAGCUAAAUAUUCGAUGGGAUUGAAGUUAGGCUCAGCAUGGAAAACUGUUGGGCCUGGACCUCAAGCGCAUAGUGUACAUCUUGCACCAAUUUUCAAAGGUGUUAACCCACCCAAAUAUACUAUGGCGCCUAGAAAUAAUUUUGCAUAUAAGACUUCUUCACCUGGACCAAAUAAAUAUAUGACUAUAGUAGAUCCAAUCAAACCAAAGGCACCAGCUUUUUCGAUGGCGUUGAAGACUGGUAUGUCAAUUAAAUCCAGAUCGCCUGGACCAAUAUACUCAUUUAAUGAUCCUCAUUAUACAAAACCGACAAGUCCUAAAUAUACGAUGGGAAUGAGGACAGGUUUAAGAAACAAACAUAUUGGCCCUGGAGCUCAAGCAUAUGACUUGCAGGGAUAUCAUCCCGGAAAGAAAGGACCUGCAUAUAACUUUGGUAUUCGCCAUUCAAUAUGCGCACCGCCCAUGAUUGUAAAAUGCGACAAUAUUUAAUGUUACAAUAUUUAGAAAGUGAUUAUGCAAAAAAUUGUAAACAUCUGCAUUUUUUAAAAUGUCAAAAUUUUCAGUUUUAAAAAUAAAAAUUUAUUCGAAA